GGAGCGACGGGAACGAUUUUUUGAAACGAGAGGAGGUUAGAGGAGCUUGGAGGAGGUUAGAGGAGCGACGGGAACAAACCCUUAGUGUUUCCACUGAACUCUAUUAUUGAUUUUAUAGUUUCUUAUAGGUAUUUUGCUUAUACUUAUACCUUAUGCCAUAGCUCAAGGCUCCUGAUCAAGGCCAUCUAAAGAUAGGUAUCUGAAGCCGAAGGCCCUGGUCAUGCCCAAGAAGUCGGCCAAGUCUGCUGCCAGUGCGGCACCGUCGUCGGGUGGCGCGAAGCCCGCCCCGCAGUCGGAGGACUGCCGGCGAGGGGCGGGCAGUCGUCGCAAGCAGCGGAUGCCGCUCCGCGUGACGUCCGACUCUGAGGAGCCGGACGUGGACACCGCUGGCGAGACGCCGCCGACCAGCAAACAGGAGCUGCCCUCUGAGCUCACCAAGGCGGCCGCCAGCGCCACCGUGACAUCAUCGGCCACCACCAGCCUGAUCGCGGCCCUCAACACCAAGCGCUCCCGACCUCCGAAGGCCAAAGAUGUGGCGCGCGUGCAGUGUGGCGUCUGCAAGGAGUGGGUCAUCGAGAGGGCAUUUGAGCGCCACGCACUUUCCGCUCAUUUGGGGCUCGCCAGACAGAUGGGCGACAGCCAGGAGUUUACCAAAUCCCAAAAGCUAUCGGCGUUUGGCCGCGUCCUUAAGGCAGGUGGAAAGUUGCAGUGUCCCUUGUGCAAGAAAUGUCUCACUUCAGCACUUGGUUUCUUUCAUCACCAGGGUACUUGUGGAAAGGAUGUGAAUCCUGUCAAGUGUCCCAAGUGUGGAUAUUACUUGAAACCUCUGUCAUUGCCACAUCACAUGCGAAAGCACGAGCAAGAAGAGAAAAAUAAGGGCGAGGAGGACUGCGAGCCACCUAAGAAACGUAAGCGGCAGAGCGCUGCCAAGCUAUCGAAAUCGAACGAUCCGGACUAUGAGCCGAACGAGGUGGUGACCGCGAGGAGCAGCACACGCGGCCCGGUGAAGCGCGGCUUCUCGGCGCCGCGUCUGGCGCCACACCCUAAUACAGUGGCCAAGUGGGAGCGGGCGCUGCAAACGGAGCGUCAGCUGACCUGCCAGAUGCCCGGCUGCCAGUUCCAGGCCGACUCCGCGGACGACAUGGUGACCCACUACCCCAACUGCCCAGGCCUGCCGGCCAAGUGGAAACUGUUCACUUGUGACCAGUGCGGGGAGCAGGCCGAUACGGAGACUGACAUUGUGAAGCACGUGGAGCAGAGCCACCGGUCGGCGGCGCCUGAGACGGCCGGACCGCGCGGCAAGCCGAACAUGCGGCGUACCGGCGCCAUCGUUCCCGACAUGGCCGGCGAGCUGACCUACUUCACAGCGGUUGAGCGCCAGUCUUGUCCCCGCGAGCAGACGGAAAAGUACUGGUCACAGCUGCCCAAGUCGCGUGUGCUGUCGGCGACGGCGCGCAAAAUCGACGGCUGGCGACCGGCGGGACAGGAGAGCCGCCGCUACAUGCCGCCCAUGAAGCUGUCGCCCGCAUACAAAGUGCAGGAGAUCGGGAACCCUGACCCGCACCGCACCUUCGAGCGGCUCGACCCGUUCGCCUUCGAGGAGCUCGACAACGGCGUGCUGUGUUUCAGCGGCGGGCCGGUGGUGGCGUGCGACUGGUGUCCCCUGCCUGCCGACUGGUCUGGCGACGCCGACGAGACCCAGUUCCUGGCGGUGGCGUGUCUGCCCGUGGUGGACGCUCACCUGCCGCCGGUGGAACCUUCGACUCUGCCGACCGCUGUGCAGGUGUGGUCAUUCAGCGGGGACCGUCGGACGGCCCGCCUCGAGUUCGCGCUGUGCGUGGACGGUGGGCCCGUCUGGGACCUGGCCUGGUGUCCGAUCGGCGAGCGGACUGUGCCUCCGGCCGACCGACUCGGCUGUCUGGCGCUGGCCUGCGGUGACGGCCGGGUGCGAGUGUACACCGUGCCGGCGCCGGCCACCCUGGAGGCGGGCUCGGCUGGCGCGCCGGUUUUCUAUCGGAAGGAGCCCGACAUGCGUCUGGAGGUGUUCGGAGACAUGGGUCGCUCGCCGUGUCUGCGGCUGGCCUGGGCGGCCACCGAGGGCAAUCGAUCGAUAUCGGCCAUCCUCGGUAACGGCGUGGUGGUCUUCUGGAACCUGCAGGCGAGCUCGCCGCUACUCUGUCAGACCGAGGGCGCCAGCCAGGUGCUGUACCCGGUGCAGGUGAUUGCUGCACACCGCGGCCACGGCACGGCACUGGCGUUCAGCCCGGCCAGCGACCGGCACCUGGCCACUGGCGGCCGUGACCGCACGCUGCAGAUGUGGGACCGCGAGGAGCCGGCCUCCCUACAGCGCGCCGCCACCAAGCUGCGGCCUAUGCUGACGGACCUCUGCUGGCCGAUCGCCACCAAGAAACUGUUGAACGCGUAUGACCACAGCCUGUUCGUGGGCUCGCCGUCGAUGAUGCUGUCGGACGUGGCGAUGCCGGUGCAGGACGCGCCGCUGUUCACGCACGGCGCCAAGUGCACGUCCGUGUCGGUCAACACCACCGUGAACGGGCUGGCGUGCGGCUCUGAGAGCGGCCUGGUGGCGCUGGCGCAGUGGCGCAACAUGCUCUCCCACAAGCAGAAGCACGAGCUGCGCCGGCUGCUGCUCAAACUGGAGGCGGAGCGCCUGGAGCCGACCGGCGCGGCCGACGGCGCCGACGCCGAGGUCCUACUCGGAGACAAGUACACUCAGCUCUGGGAGUCGUGUGGCGUCACCAUCUGGGAGGCCAAGUUGAACCAGAAGAGCGGCAUCAUCCGCGAGGGAUUCGACGACCACGUCUCCACCACGACCAGCUGGGUGUCCAACUACCCCUUCGUGGCCGUGAACAAGGUUAGCUGGAACCGUAACGCCGGCGCUGACUCAUGGCUGGCCGUGGGCAUGGAGUGUGGCCUGCUGCGCGUACUGAGCGUGCCCUCCGGCGCCUUCACCGCGGUGCGCUCCUAGCGCGGUGACAGCGGCCCAGGCAGCGGCUCCAGUAGCCCUGUCCUCUAGUACUUGCCGCCAUUCCUCCUCAGCUAUAGGACAUUGUUGUGUCGCCAAAGUAUUGUGUUUGUUAAGUGUGCCGGACGAUAUAUGGUGUGACCUCUUUCGUAUGGGUUGUGACGGGUGGGACGAACGAAUGAAUUUGUUUCUCAUGCAUUUGAUGGUAUUCCGUCUAGACGUACGCUAUUUUCAGCUUUCGUUAAACUGCUAAGCCUUGGCAGACAAAUUUUCUUCCAAUGAUUUUCCGUUGCAGCCGCUUCUCUAACGUUUUUUCUACGUUAAACCAGUUUAUUUGUCAAUUGAUGUGACGACUUAUACCUAUUUCUUCGGAAUAAAUGCUUCCCGUGUAUAAAUUUCCUGAGUCUGUCUAACGG